CGUGAUGACUCGACAGUCUCCGCGAGUCUGUCAGUGCAGUCCUACACUCAGCCGCAAGUAUACAAACUUGAGGUAAGGUAGGAAAAUAGAGGCUGCAAACGGGCUAAUACUCUGGGAAAACAGAUGGCAGACAUGUUAGCUGGCAGUGUUCUCAUCACUGGGUGUAAUAGAGGCCUUGGCCUGGAGAUGAUUCGUCAACUCGUCACUUCCAGUACUCCGCCACGAGUAGUGAUCGGGACCUGCAGGAAACCUGAUGAAGCUUUGGAGCUGCAAGCGCUGGCUAAAGACUGCAGUAACCUCAGGAUUGUCAAGUUCGACGUGGUGGACUACAAGAGUCUACCUGGCUUGGUGGAGGAGGUAGGGGCGGCGGUUGGGCCCCAAGGGCUCAACCUGCUGAUCAACAACGCAGGCAUCAUGGACAAGUGUUCAUCUCAGAUGUUCGGCAUCCCCCUGGAGCACCUGGAACCACAUACCUUUAGCAAUGUAAUGGAGACCAACACCACAGCUCCUCUUAUGUUGGUCAAGGAGAUGUUACCACUGCUGCGUAAGGCUGCUACAGUGGGCGGUGCUAUAGGCGUGAGGAGGGCAGCUGUGGUUAACAUCUCUUCUAUCAUGGGCAGUAUGGGUUUGUUCACAGGCAAACCAGACGCCUAUGGCUACCGCGCCAGCAAGGCAGCUCUAAAUAUGUUGACAAAAAUAUUAGCCAUGAAUUUUGGUGAUGAGGGCUUGAUGUUUGUGGCAAUCCAUCCAGGCUGGGUCCAAACUGACAUGGGAACAUCAUCAGGAAUGAUUACCACUCAAGAAAGCAUUAGCAGAAUCUUCAAAACCCUGCCUACUUUGAUGGAGAAACACAAUGGUCUCUUGGUCUCCUAUGAUGGCACUGUUAUGCCCUGGUAAUCACAAUACAGUAACUACUUUUGACAUUCCAUUAUUCUGUUCUAAUAAAUCUUGUACGAGUACAGUAUAACUCAUUAAAAAAAUAUAUAAAGUUUGAUAAUAAAGUAUUCAGCAUCCAUAAAAUAAAAAAAAA